UUUGUCUCAAAAAAUUGGACUAGCUCGUUCGUGGGGCGAGCAUGCCUGGCUUGCUGCUGAGCUUGGAGGAAGAGAUUGGGAGGGAAUAAAAUUGACGAUCCAACAAGGUCGGACUACAAACAGAUCAGAUCAGGUUCCUGAAACAAACAAUCAGACCAGGAUGGCCGAUGCAGUGGGCAGCGUAGCGAAGAUUGUCGAAGUCGCUCUAAAGAUCAAGGAGGCGGCAACCACGGCUCGCCAGAAUAAGAAGGAUUGUCAUCACAUUAGGGCCCGCGUUGAUGUACUCAACAAAACACUUUCGCGCCACGAGAAUAACGAUGACUUGAUGGAGGACCCUGCGGUGAUGGCUGCACUUGAGGCGCUCCACGGGAUACUCGCUGAGGCACUUGAGGUCGUCACCCGGUGCCAGGAGAAGAGGAACAUCUUUUGUUGCCUCUAUUGCACCGCUGGGAAUUUCUCCCGGCAGUUAGGCAAGGUGGAGCAGCGGAUAACGUACCUAAGCACGGACGCAAUAUUGACCAUUACGAGCUACCAACUACCCAGGAAAUUUCAAGAAGCUGCUCCAUAUCCGCCCCCACAGGAGAGGUCGAAACAAAAUCAGGAUGAAGCCAACAAGAAAGAUGCGGCUCAGAUAUCACAGAUGUCAAAACAAAAUCAAGAUGAACCCAGCAAGAAAGAACAAACUCAGAUAUCGCAGGUUCCCGCGUUUGGAGAAUGGGGCGCUGCGAACUCGGACCAGACAGAGGACGGCACCAUGGUAUUCUGCAGGGGCAGGGCCAAUAACUACGAGUCGGGGAUGAUGAUGUACAUUAACCGACGCCUUCAUGAGUUCACUUCGGGCCUGAAAUUUUUUAUCGAUGUGGCCGAGGAAAACAAACGGGGUGGUUUUACCAUGUGGAGGACCCUUUAGUCCCGAUUUAUCUUUAAACUGGGACUAAAGAUAAAGACAUUUAAUUCCAAAGGCUUAGUCCCGGUUUCAAAACCGAGACUAAAGUCCCCAAUGCACCGGAACUGAAUCUCUGUUUUCCACUAGUAUACAAUAACAAUGUAAGAGCAUCUGCUAUGUAUGUACAAAGGAUACCAUAGGACCGGUUCUAUUCA